GGUUCAAAGCAAGAAAGCAGGGGCAGUUCAGUUCAGUCUCCUCCGUGCCGCUUCCGCGUCUAAACACAAAAUCCGAGACUUGUAUUAACCGGCUAACUGGUUUCCACGUGUUUUACUUUUUUAGCGAUAUCAGUAGCGGUUUCUUAGCACAUGGAUUCAAAAGUUCUACAUCCCUUACGAUUUCUACUAAAAUGAAGCCUUUUAUCAGAUACAAUUCCACAUUUGCAGUUGGAUGAUCUUCGCGACGAGUAAAUUUUCUCUACCAAUGACCAACUAUUAGAUGGCUACUACAGAGGAUGGACCUUCGAAUGGAGAACGGUCACGUCCUGGAGGUCUUACAAGGUCACGGAGCUUACCCCAGUUUUCUCACCACGAUUCAGGACUAGGAAGCUACUAUGGGGGUUCUGGUGGUGACGAAGUGCAGGCUUCGAGAACCGCACGGUUCGUGGCGGAUAUACGUCAACUUAUUACCCUGAAACAACACUAUUAUCCAGAAGGUGGCUGGGGCUGGAUGGUAUUAUGGACAGCAGUUAUGGUGCAUGUCCUAGCCAAUGGAUUUAUUGCAUCCGCUGGACUGUUUCAGCUAGAGAUUACCAGAAAAUUUGGACCAGAGUUUCGGAAACAGACCGAAUGGCUUGGAGCGGUAUCCACAGGAAUUUCCCUAUUAAUCUCUCCCAUAGUAAUUGCAUUCUGCAGGAGACGAUCUACCAGAGUAACAGCGGUCAUGGGCGGUCUUAUUACUGCUUUAGGCUGCUUAUUUACAAGUUUCGCUACUCAGUUUCAUCAGUUAUUGUUCAGUUAUGGAACUGUAGUUGGUAUAGGUGUUGGUAUAACCAGAGACUGUUCAACUUUAAUGGUGGCACAAUAUUUCAAGAAAAAACGAGAAUUUGUGGAAGUUUUCGUCAUUGCAGGUACUGGCUUAGGCAUAGUAGUGAUGUCAAUUCUCAUAAGAAGCACUAUAAGUUUGCUGGGUUGGCGUUUAGGUCUUCAAGUAAUUACCGGAACGGUGUCGAUAACAUUUAUUUUAGGAACGUUCUAUAGAUCGGCCUCUUUGUAUCAUCCACAGAGACGAGCCAUUUUGCAUAUUAAAAACCAAAAACGAAAAAUUCGAGAUAAAAAUAGACUGGAUGAUAAAGUACCAUUUUUCGAUAUGAGUGCUUUGAAGAGCAUUACAGUGAGAAUAUUGUUGUUUUCCACAGCAAUUACUGCGUUUGGGAUCAAUACACCCUUGUUUUAUCUAGCAUAUCAAGCUAAAGUAGAGGGUUUGGAAGACUGGGUAGUUUUUGUACAAAUAUAUCUAGGACUAGCUUGUUCACUGGGCUGCAUCAUUUUCAGUACACUAGUGCUCCAUAAGACGUCAGAAUGUAGAGUAGCACGACAAUAUUUGUGCCAAUCUGCAGUGUUUAUGUGCGGACUAUCUGUACUAGCAUUUACGGUGGUUAAUGAUAAUUAUAAUGCCUAUGUUAUGUUUGCCUGGAUCUAUGGAUUCUUUUAUGGAGGUUAUCACUACUCACUGAAAAUGUAUACUUACGAACGAGUACGAGCAAGACACUUCUCAAGAACUUGGGGAUUUGUUCAGUUUUCCCAAGCCAUUCCUUUAGCAAUCGGUAUACCGUUAUCAGGUUAUUUAAACGACGAAUACGGGAGCCGUACAGGCUACUAUUUCAGCUCAAUUUGCACUUUAGUCGGAAGCGUGGCACUAUUUCUAACCGAUCUUCAUCGACACAGAAUAUCUCAUCACAAGCAUACCAGGGAGAAUGGUACACGUCAUUUGUGUGUUAACGAGGCCUGCCCUCAAUCAAGGAAACUUUCGUUUUCUCAGGACCCCGAAAACGACCAUGGACUUCCUGCAAACGCUGCCACUGCUUUUAUAUUAGGUGCGGAUGUGGUACAAAACAAUUCGGCUGGUUUGACUGAAAAUUUGGUAGUUUCUGCUGAUAAAGGAGAAUUAACAUGUAUCUCAGAAGAAGGAAUUGCCGAUAUGGACUUGCCUGAUGAUUUAUUAGAUGAUCUGGAUUAUAUAGGAGAUUGUAUUACAUCGUGCAAUAAGGUAGAGAACUAUUUGAUGCUCAGUGAAUUUGAAAAUAACCUAUUUGCGGAAAUGCCUUCGAUACUUGACAGAAGAGGCAGAAGGUGGUCUUUGGCUGGGUUCCUCCAGAAUAGAGAACAAGAACAACAAGAAAAUGAACGAAACAAAGAAGCAGGAGACCAAAAUAGUGGCCCGAAACCAAGUAGAUGGAAUAUGUUUUCUAGUAAUAAAGUUAUUACUGUUGUUGACGAGUCUUCUGUUUAAAAAUAAGAUGUCUAUUUUCUUCCAAGAAAAAAACUGUAGUAAUUAAUUUGGCAGAAAUAAACUAAUGAACAUGUGCCAAAAUAUUGUGCUCCUGCUUAUUAGGCUUUGUUGUUUUUAUCAUUGAUUUUAAAUACAAUAAGUAAAUCUUUGAAUUUAAAAUUAAAAUUCUUAGAUAUUAUUAGAUAGUAUUCUCCUUAAUUAUUAAGCUUUUAAAACGUAAACGCAUUAUGAUUAUACUUUGCUGUUCCUAUUUAAUAAUAUUUUAUUUUACGUAAGACUGAUAUAAUUAAGUAGACAUUUUAUAUGUUUAGAUUUUAAGGUAUAAAGUCUUAGAAAAUUAAUAUACAGGGUGAUUAACGUAGACCGUGCAUUAGCUAUGGCAGGUGGAUUAGAUGUUAUCUCUACUAAUUCUCCUGCAAACUGGAAAACUUCUAAUGCACGAGCUAUGUAUCAGGGUGAGUCGAAAGCAAAAUAAUCGGUUACAGUUUCAGAAAGACGUGUUCGAAAUCACUAAACCGUCGUAUAUCAAAAAUGGUCCUAUUUCAGGAUAAAGUUUCUACACAUUCUGGAUCCAGAAGCGUUCUACAAGAAAACUUAAAUAGAUAAUUGGAUAAUACGAAAUACGGGUACAAUGCCUUGAAAUUUUUCCCAAAAUCAAAACCACGAUCGGAGUCGUGAAGUUUCAACGACCACACUAAAGUCAAAUUCUAUUUAAAUGACAAUAGAAUUGAAUGGGAGACUUAUAAUUACAUAUUAUUUGGCCUGUUUAUUUUGCACCUGAAUGAACUAACAGAAAAUUAACGGAGGAUUUUAUUUUUAACCUCAUUUUCUAGUCUAUUGUAAUCUACCUAGGUAUGUUCUUUUAAAAACCUGUUCAAGGGGUGAAACAUAGUUUAGAUUUAAAGCAAAAAUAUAAUUAUUAAUCAAAUACUGUAUGAGAUAUUUUUGAAGGUUUACCUUACGCCAAUGUAUACAAAAAAUUAAAAAUAAGAAAUUAAGUAGGUAGGUAUAUGUAUUAAGAACCAAUGAGUAUCGUAAAAAUAAAUGAGAAAAAUAUUUAUAAAUCGAUGUAAUGACAAUACUAAAAAAUGGUUCCAGCAUGAAAUCUUUAUACAAACAACUUAUCAAUCAUUGAAAAAAUCACAGAAAACUGCCAACUAUAAGACUAAACAACUGAAGAUUUCCAUAAUUCUUACCUCAACUUACUCUUAACUGUUCUCAUUAUGCUGGACUCUUGAAGUUGUUAAAAAUAUUCCUCAGGGUUAAAAAUAUGCUCUAAUUCAUUCUAUACCUAGAAAUAUUCCCCCUUCCCAUUUCCCCCUAACAUAAUGUUGAAUGGAUUCAAUAGAUACAUAUUAUAUUAGUGUUAAGAAAGUCCUAUUGUAACACUCAAAUUGGCUAAUAUAUAAAUAUUAUUUAUGAAAAUAUUCUCGAGUUUCAUUUUCCCUUCGAAAAGUUACUUUUCAUAAAUCAAACAUAAUAAAGUUCUGGUUUAGAGUUGUUUAAUUCUAAAGUAAUUAAAAGUACAAAAGAUGACUUUCUACAGUGCAGAAGAAAUGUAAGGUUUGACUGUGCUGGAGGCGAUUUCUGAUAUGCGCAUAUCUAUCGGUCUUCUAUCGUCGUAUAAUGUAGGAGCCUGCAAAAUAAUUCCAGCUGUGCCAACCAAAACCGCUAGAGUAAAAAUCCAAAGAAAUAGUCUGUCUAGUACCAUUGCUACGUAUUUCCAAUCUUCUUUCACCUGGAAUAAGAGAAGAUAGGCUGAUUAUUUAGAACUAAUAAGUUAUUAGUUAUUCACAUUGAAGCACAAAAUCAUAGAACACAGCAAUAACGUAUUUGGAGUAAAAUAGAUAUUCAGGCCUAUGAUGUAUCAGUUUCUGUUAUUUUAACAGCAACGUUAAGUUAUCUGUCACUGUUUAUUCUACACGUGAAAAUAAAGACAGGUAUAGAUUUUGAGCUAUAACACAACUGUUAAAAUAACAGAAACUGAUACAUCAUAGGCCUGAUUAUCUAUUCAUAAUCUGUAGUCCAAAGGUACAGGUAAAAUUUAUCACCUUUGAAUGCUAUUUGACAGGGAAAGGUGAUAAAUUUACCUGUACCUUUGGACUACAGAUUGUGAAUAGGAUAUACCUACCUACUGUUAGAAGUAGAUGAUAAAAUAAUAAGCAAACCGCUUUUAUUUUUACCCAGCAUCCCUUUGUAUUUGUAUGGUGGAUAAUUAUUAUAUGAUAGUUGCUGCUGCCUGCGUUUUG